AUGCCUGUGGGUAGUAAAAAGGGAAGCGUUAUAUUCUCAGAUUUUAGAGCAUUGGGGCUGUAUUCGAAUCACAUCCCACACGUGGUACGUUACCAUAAGAAACACCGAGAAUUCUACGCUGUGACAGCCGUGGGAAAUUGUUUCCACACCUACAAUGUCAAGAACCUUGGAAUCGUUGCUGUCAGUAAUGCACUUCCAGAGGACAUAUCAUACCUUGCAACUGAUCGCAUGCUGGUCUAUGUUGCAAAUGGGAGAAAAGUAACAGCAUUUGCUAGGAACAAAGAGGUUGUCCACACGUACACUGGCCAUGGAGCUGAUGUUCACCUCCUGCUUCCUUUCGGGGAUCACGUUAUUUCUGUGGACAGGGACAAUGUUGUCGUUGUCUGGGACGUGGAGUCAGAGGAGGAGUACCUGCAGAUAACAUUUGACAAAGUGUCAUUUGAAGUGUCUGCUUUAAUGCACCCAAGCACUUACCUGAACAAGAUCCUGUUUGGGAGUAGCCAAGGAGGUUUCCAGCUCUGGAAUGUCAAGUCCAACAAACUCCUGUAUACCUUCCCAGGAUGGGCAGUAGGAGUCCCAGUGCUUCAUGUAAUAUUUCUGGCGGCUGGUAGUCCUGUCGGACAUAUUGGACUGUGGGAUCUAGAGGAGAAAAAGCUUGUGUGUCAAAUGAGAGAUGCCCACAACACAGCUAUUGCUGGACUAACAUUCCUCCAUGGCGAGCCUCUUCUCAUCACCAAUGGGGCUGAUAACAGCAUUCAGGUGUGGAUCUUCGACACGGCGGGCGGAGGAGGCCGUCUACUCAGGAGUUGUCUGGCACAUUGCGCCCCGCCCACUAAGGUCCAGCACCAUGGCCUGAACGGGCAUCACAUUCUCAGUGCUGGUCGAGAUGGUACUCUGCAGUCAUUCUCCACUGUUCAUGAGAGAUUCAACAGUUUAGGACAUGGUUCCAGCAACAAGAAGAAAUCCAAAAAGAAAAGCUUGAGGUAUGACGAACUGAAGCUUCCCGCCAUCACCAUUUUCGCCUCAGAGAUUGCCCGUCAGAGUGAUUGGGACAGUAUAGUAGCAUGUCACAGAGGGUACCUCAUGACGAACACCUGGAACUAUCAGAAGGGCAGCAUGGGAGCACACAGGCUGGAACCCCAACGCUUCAAUAAGAACCGUGCUCUCAACGUCCACGCUACGGCAGUAGGUAUCACAUCAUGUGGUAACUUUGUAGUGGUAGGACUCUCAUCUGGACACAUUGACGUUUACAACAUGCAGUCCAGCAUGCAUAGAGGUCAAUAUGGAGAGGACAAGGCUCACAAGGGGCCGGUGCGUGGCGUUUCCGUGGAUGGACUUAAUCAGCUGAUCAUCAGUGCCGGAGCUGACAAACUGGUCAAGAUCUGGAAGUUCAAACCUAGGAAGCUGGUCCACUCCAUUUACCUUGGCACCUCGCCUGCCUCCACACACCUGCACCGGGACAGUGGUAUGCUGGCCAUCGCUCUGGAUGACUUCACGCUGAAUGUUCUGGAUGUGGAGACCAAGAGGAUUGUCCGCAAGUUCUCUGGUCAUCGAGGACAGGUCAAUGACAUGUCUUUCAGCCCAGACGGGCGCUGGUUGAUAACGGCAGCCAUGGACUGUACCAUCAGGACAUGGGACCUCCCCUCCGGCUGCCUGGUGGACUGCUUCUUGGUAGACUCUGCUGCGGUCAGUCUCACCAUGUCACCAACUGGGGACUUUCUGGCCUCCUCCCAUGUUGACAGCUUGGGGAUAUACUUAUGGUCCAACAACACACUGUGCAGUAUGGUAUCACUGGGCCCUCUGCCUUCAGACUACGAGCCCACUGUGAUCAUGCUGCCAGGAAUCUGUCCCAACCAAGAUGAAGAGGGAGAGGAAGAGGGUGAUCUCAACUCUGAGGUGAUAGACUAUGAGUCUCCAGAGCAACUGGACCAGCAGCUGGUCACUCUCUCUCUGCUGCCUGACUCUCGCUGGAAGAACCUGCUCCACCUCGACAUCAUCAAGAAAAGGAACAAACCCAAGGAGCCCCCCAAGGUUCCGAAGGCUGCUCCCUUCUUCAUGCACACCAUUCCAGGAUUGAUACCACAGUUUGAUCUCAUCUCGGUACCUAAUGGCAGUCAGUCAAAUAUUCUGAAUUUUGGAGUCCUGGCACAGAAGUCUGCUUUCUACCAACAGCUAGAAUCUGCCACACUAUGCAACAAAUAUGAUGGCCUUGUGGGGAUGCUGAAAGAGAUGGGUCCGUCUGGUAUUGAUGCUGAGCUUCGAGGUCUGGCCCCUGAUAUGGGUGGAGAUGUCUCCGUCUUACAAGACUUUCUGAAGAUGGUGGCCAGCAUGCUGAACUCCAAGAGGGACUUUGAUCUGGCACAGGCCUACCUGGCACUCUUCCUAAAGCUGCAUCUCAGACUGAUCACCCAGGAACCAGAGUUUAUGGAGGAGGCAUCUAGAGUAUCUGAGAAACUGGAGGAGAUGUGGACAUCCAUGCAGACACUUUUCAAUCAGAGUCUGUGUUUGCUGUCAUACACCAAGAGUGCACUGCUUUGA